AGACGUCUUUGAUUUUGUGCCUUUUAUUCAUAUAUUGUCCAUUUCCUUUCUUCUUUCUUAAUUGUGACUUUAGAACCGUCGGUUUUGUUGUCGCAUUUGUGGACGUCUGAAUCAUGUGGACAUUGAAGGUAAUUCGCGCACUUACCUUUUUUAUUGCAAUUGUCUGAUUCGCAGUGUUCGGCUUUUUACGUAUUUUAACCCUGACGUCACUGGUGGACUUGCUCAUGAAGGGCAGCUUCGUUGUGGCAGACAAUGACAUAUCCCUCUAGCUCGGCGACCACAGAGAAGAAGAAGACGACUCCUGGGAUAGUUUCCAAGAUCCGACGGAGGUUUUCGAUGCGUGAAGACUCGUUCUCAUCAUCGUCAUUAUUAUCAUCAUCAUCAUCAUCGCCCUGCAUUCCAGCCGGGACCACUCGUCCCAACUAAUAUCCAUAGGAACCUUUUCAUGCCACUUCCUAUACCUUCGAUUCAUUCUCUGAACGAACGCCUCCAGAACUCUCUCUCACUCCGAAAGAGCAGCGCAGCGAGUGAUUCCAUGUAAAAAAAACUCCAGAAAACUCUCUCUCACUCCGAAAGAGCAGCGCAGCGAGUGAUUCCAUGUAAAAAAAAAUAAAAAGUUUUACUUUCAUCAGUUCGUAGUUUAGAAGCAACUUCAAAUAAAAGAGAAAAAACAGAAGCAUUCGUGAUCGUUUCGUCGUCAUUACGUCAAGAAGGAAGACCGCAUUGACUCCACGUCUAUUGCACAAACAUCAUACACUCUAUAGGCUUGAAGUGUUUGCUUAGAACUUUCCUCUCUCCCCCUGACAGACAGGAGCUAUAAAACCGUUAAUGUGUGAGCCAUUUACGCAACGGUUUCAAAUGGUGGUGUCAUGACGUUUUCCAGCUGAUGAUUAGCGUGUCUGUCGUCAUGGAAUCCGCGUGAGACCGAGCUAUACGCUUCGUUCGUUGCAAUGACGUAUCCAUAAAGGAGACUUGGACGCUUUGGUGGUGUAAAAAAAACAAGUAAACAAACGAAAGUUUUCGUCAGCUAUAGUUUCCCCUUUUUGAGCUCACCUCGAGUCUCGAUCCACGGUCGAGAAAUAUCAGAACUGAAUAUAUAUAUACCUAUAUAUUUUUUUUAAUACUUCGUGAACUUGAAGACCAAGCCGGCCAAAAUGAGUGCGAGUGCCGUGUCCGAUUUCUACAACGAGCGGUGCAUCCUUAUCACUGGAGCCACGGGAUUCAUGGGCAAAGUCCUGGUGGAGAAGCUGCUGAGGUCAUGCCCCGACGUAGCCACGAUAUACCUCCUGAUGAGACCAAAGGCAAAGAACGACAUUAAGGCGAGGUUGGAGGAGCUCUUGAAUUCCAAGUUAUUUGACCACUUACGGGGAACAUCGCCCGAGGUACUGAAGAAGCUGACGCCCAUCCAGGGAGACAUCACGCUUCCCGGCCUAGGCAUCUCGGCGGCUGAUGCUGCGACACUCGCCGCGUCUGUGUCUGUCGUGUUUCACGCGGCUGCAACUGUCAAGUUUGACGAUCCCCUGAAACUGUCUCUCCAGAUGAAUGUCUUGGGCACGAAACGACUGAUCGAACUCUGCCACAAGAUGGAGAAAUUAGUGGCUGUAGUCCACAUAUCCACUGCUUACUGUAACUGUGAUAGGGGUGAAGUGAAAGAAAUUGUUUAUCCUCCUCCUAUUGACCCUUAUAAACUUAUUCAACUUGUGGACUGGAUGGACGACGAAACUUUUAAUUACCUUACCCCGAGGUUAAUUGGCCUUCGCCCAAAUACGUACACAUACACGAAAGCCUUGGCCGAACAUGUGUUGGUUCAAGAGGCUGGAUCACUGCCUUUGGCUAUUGUACGGCCAUCGAUUGUUGCAGCUGCGUGGCGUGAACCAUUACCUGGGUGGGUGGACAACCUGAAUGGUCCAACUGGCCUUAUUGUCGGAGCUGGAAAGGGAAUGUUGAGAACUCUACACUGCCGUGGCGAUUUGGUUGCUGAUCUCAUUCCUGUUGAUAUUCCUAUCAACUUACUCAUAGUCACUGCAUAUCAUACUGCAACCCAGAGUCAGAAUAACAUCAAGGUUUAUAACUGCGUAUCUGGUAUGGAACGGCCAGUGCGAUGGGACGAGAUUAAUCAACAUGGCAUGUUAGCGCUACGCAGAAACGCAAUGAAUGAUGUUGUUUGGUACCCCAACCUCCAGUUCACCCAGCACAAGACACUCAACACCAUAGCUGUUCUGUUACAACACUGGCUUCCAGCAUACCUCAUGGAUGUUGUGGCUAGGUUAGCUGGAAAAAGACCAAUUAUGGUUCGAAUCGCACAAAAGCUGGACCGCGCUGCAGCUUGCCUGGAGUAUUUCACGACUCACGAGUGGAGAUUUUCCAAUGAUAACGUGCAGCACUUAUGGUCAACAUUAUCUGAGAAUGAUCAGAAGACCUUUAAUUUUGCACUGUCAGCCCUUCACUGGCCAACUUACAUGGAACAAUAUUGCCUGGGAAGCAAACUCUACGUUAUGAAAGAAGAGCUAAGCACUCUACCUUCUGCCCGGAAACAUCUAUCGAAGAUGUGGUGGAUUCAUCAGGCCUGGAGGGUACUCGUGGUGCUGUUGGUGUGGCGUCUAAUAAUGCUUCGAAGUGAGACGGCCCGAAAUGCUUGGUAUUCCCUAUUCCGGCUGUUGGUGAGGCUUUUGACCUACCUACCGUUCCUCAAUAGGAUAUGAGGAACACCAUUCCCUAGGCAUUAUAUAAGUGUAAUUGUACUGGUGUUGUUUUCUGUGGAUUUUGCCCCCACUUUGCAAGAUGAUACUGAUUAUCAUGAACAUUUUAAUGAUGAAAUGGAUUAUGACAUUUUACACAAUGAUCAACUUGUGCUGUUGGAUAGAUCUACUGCUGCAGGUGUAGCCAGUAGGUGUGAGGGUUACGUGACGUGUGAGCAGAGCCCUGCGAAGGGGAUCUCUGCAGGCUCACCCAAAGUACCUCCAGUACUGCUUGGACCACUGAUCAAGAACGUUUUUUAUUUCAAUGGACCUGCAUUGACUGAUUAUUCAUCAUCAUUUGUGAAAUAUGUCUUAGUUUGCGAACUGACAGUGCUGAGAUGACCUGUUGUGUACAUGUACGUACUAUGUGUGGAGGGACAUGUGUCCUAUGGUGAGCAUUGCUGUCUUAUAUCUACCCAGUCAGCUGUGCUGUCAGGAUGUCUGCAGGGUUGGAUCAUUGUUCCAUGUGAAAAUGGUGGGACAAUCUUUUACAAUUUCUUAUUUUCCAUAGUUCAUUUUUUUUAUUUUGCUCUUUGUAUUGUCAUUGUUAUUAUUUCAUCUUUGUUUUGAAAUGGGUCUGAACUUGUAGGUCAGUAGCAGGUCGUAGAUUUACUCUCGUUUUAUCAUUCUUGUAAAUUCUUGCUGUAAAUGAAUCAGUACAGAAGCUAUGUAGAAAAAUGUACAUUUCCAAAGGCUAGCUGGCUUUCAGGCUGAGCGGUCAUUAUUAAUGAAGUUCCGUUAAGGAAAAUCGUAAUGCGUUUGGCAUUCGUACCCAUAUAGAGAUUCAUGUCGUAUUGUGCAUCACUGUUAGUACUGGUUCCUCUCUCUCUCUCUCUCUCUCUCUCUCUCUCUCUCUCUCUCUCUCUCUCUCUCUCUCUCUCUCUCUUGGAUCAAACAUUCCCUCAUCAUAUAAUUUCGAUUAAGAGCACCAGUAGUUUUACAGAACUUACAUUGUGGAUGGAGGCCAGUAUUUCAGUAAAUGAUACUUCUAGUUGUUUAGGAAUGGAAUGUGCUCUGUGAAUUUUAUAUGAGAGUUGUGAUUCUCUCUCUCUCUCUCUCUCUCUCUCUCUCUCUCUCUCUCUCUCUCUCUCUCUCUCUCUCUCUCUCUCUCUCUCUCUCUCUCUCUCUCAAAAUUUAUUUUGAAAAGUUUAACCAUCUUUAGAUGCCAUUAAUUCUUGAUAGUAGAGUGAAUGCUUUUGUGCAUCUUGUAUCUAAUGGCUAUAAAAUACUGUACAUAAAACAUUGCAUUGAUAGGGGAGGACUAUUUCUAAAGGGUUUCCCUAGACAUAUUCAUCGACUGAUUUCCUUUAUCAACGGCAUCUUUGUUGCUUGUGUUGAUAGGAAUCUGACUGCAUUUUUUAAUCUAGCUGUAAGAGGUUGUUGUAAGUUGACUGUAGUUCCCAGAAAGAUUCGACUGGAAUGAGAGGGAGUUUUAAAAAGUAAUUUUAUAGCGUUAUGCAUUUUGGUUUGUUUUUUGUAUAGGGGAGUUUUCUUCUUUUCAAAACCACAGAUGACAGAUGAAAGAUCCUUGCAGUUAUUCAAAAGAACAUAUGGUUUGUGCUUAAGUUUGUACCUUGGCCCAUCAUGAGAAAUCUCAUUGUGAUUGAUCUCGCCGAAGAUUUCAUUUGGGGACACAAAACUCCUUGGGAAUGUAGAAAUUCUGCAUUGUAUAGUUUGGGUCUGGAAAUCUGACAUUGCUAUUUCAAGCUUGAAUGGAUUGCAGUAAUCAGUAGUGUUAGUUUAUGUAUUGUAUCUGUCAUGUUUUUUUAUUUUUUUUUUUAUCAACACAAGCUUUUUGCUAACCAGUGUAUAACAGGUUAUACAGUAGUUUUGAGGAAGCAGUUGUUAUUAUUGGGAAAUGUUAUUGCUAUGAAAUACUGCUCAUCUUUAUUAUUAGAGAAUUAAGCGGUUUAAUAUGGAGAAAUUUAACAUAGCCUUCAAGAUGGAAACGAUUGAUGCCUUUUCAUAUGUUAAACUUGAAUAAGGAUACCUGUUCUUUUCCGAUAUCUGUCUUUCUUUUGUCUUCAUUCAUUAGUUCAGUGAUGUUGAUUGAUUGGUAUUACCCUGAUUGUGGAUCUCAUUGUUAGAAUGUUGUAUGCCUUCAUGAGAUUUUGUUACUAACACUAUUACAUAAGGAACUGAAGCUCUCCGUCACCAUGACACAGUAGAAUCUAUAGUGUAAUGACUAAGGAACUAGUACUUUAAAAGGCCUUUUUGUAUGGGGAUUCAAACUACACUGACAAACUUUAUUUUGUGAAGGCAGUGUCUUUUGUAUAUUUAUGAAGCUAUUAUCUUUAUUAAAACUUUUUUCAGGUUUGUGUUUACCUAUUGCUGAAUAGGGUUUUGUAUUGUUUUAUAUUUUAUUGAAAGCCAUGAAGUAAGAUUUUUGUUUUUUGUUUUUUUAGGAAUGUUUACUUUUAACAUAAAAAGAGUUAUGCAAGAGCCAGGUUCUGCCGAGGGUCGUACGUCAGAUUUUGACUGAAUCUAGAAUUGAUGGGUACAGCCUGUUGUAUUUUGUUACUGGAGGUUGCAAUCAUAGAGACAUGGGAGCUAUGGAAAUAUUCAGGAAUUAGUAACUCAGGCAUUUGCUUCUUGUUUGGCAGUGUGAAUUUCCAGCUGCUCAAUUUUGCCUUUUUUGUUAAUUGCAAGUUGUUCUGAUCAACACUGUUUCUGCUUGGUGUGUGUUCUUCAACCCAGUUAGUCCUGUUACAUUUUGUGAACAUUAAUCUCGCAGGGAUAUCACAAGAAAACUUUUUUGUAAGAGUGGGUUUCCAAGGCUUGCAAAAGCAGGAGAGAUGGUAGUAGGAAACCUGUGCUUGUACGAAAUUAAUCAAAUAUAGAAUUUAUUACACAGAUUUCAGUGAAGAUAGCGAAGAAGUAGUUCCCACACAUGAAAACAAAGUUUCUUCAUUUUUUUGUCUUUUUUCUUAUUGCACAAAGGAAUCAUGGUUUCUUCUGAAAAAGGGCAUAAAAACAUUUGUGCCCUAGUCUUCCUUUCUCUGUAAAUCUAAGAAUUGCAUUGAAAUUCAUUACCUAUCACUUGAAUUGAUGCAACUGUAAAACGCUUAUAUGUAAAUUCAUAGGUAGAAUGGUCUUUGAGAGUGUAAGUAUAUUACUUGUGAUAUUGCCAGAGUUGGUUUUAUCUUUGUGCCUUUUUAAGGCUUUUGUUCAGAAAAUGCAGUUUUAAGUAUCACUGCUUGACAUGAGUAAAUGUACUAUGAUUUCAUAAAAAGAAAACCCCCAAACAUCUUGCAAAAUUGUAAAGAACCUAUAAAAUUUUGGAAGUUUGUGUAAUGUUGUAAAUGAAUAACUACAGAGUCACAGAAGUGUCCUUUAUUGUUACUAAAUAAAUAGAGAUUCUAAUAUGUAUAUCAAUGAAUUAUAAAACAGAUGGAAGGCUCAUGUGUGAAGUAAGACUGAGCUUUACCUUUGCCUGUUCUGAACGAUUUUGUUAGAAGGUAAUUAGUAUUUGAUAUUGUAAUUUAAAAAAUUUUCAGUGCCACAUAAACUCCCAUUUUUUCAACUUGUAGUAUUCAUGCAUUGCGUGCCUACCGUGAUGUUACUCCUACUUAUGUUGAAUUUCAAGGAUGACAUGAUAGGCAACUAAAUGCCCAAACUUUGACUAGGGCUGACAGAAAAGGAAUUUAAGAUAAACAGAUUCCUGGGCUGGAAAUCAUAUCUCACGGGUCUAGCUAGGAGGUUAAGUAGAAAGAAGGCUAGAGUAUCGUGCAUUACCCCCAAGGAUACAGAAAUGACAAAGACAAAGCAUGAAACAUACAUCAAAAUGAGAGGACGAGGUUGAAACUUAAAAGAAGAAAAGGUUGUUACCUGUUAGAGAUAAGGAAUCAUAGUGGAAAUAAGAAAUGAUCAAAGCAUUCAGUCCAAAGAUAGGUUGCCUCAGGAGACCUAAGUGUCAAUUUUGUAGCCUAUGAAUAGAAGAAGAAACUGCAUGUCACUACAUAUCCAGUUUUUGUUGACUGGUAAAGUACUUACGAUAUUUUCAUUUGAAUUCUGUUUUUCUUCCAAGGAUUCAAUAUUUGAAAGCUCAACUGUCCAUUGCUGUAGAAUGUUCAGUAAAAGCAGAACAUAAGAACCAGCAUGUGUUAUAGCCUGUUAGAAAGAGGAAAAAUGUAUUUUACAGCUAAAGAAUAUUAAGAAAGAAAGGUUGUAAAGACAGCUUGUCCACUAAGCAAUAAUAGGUCGAGAGGGGUUGAGCAAAAUUAUGUAUCCUGUGGUAGGCUAUCCCAAAACCCAAGCCAAACACUACUGAGGCUAUUUUGUGGAUGUAUUUUGAGACUGUAAAACACUAAAGAUAAAGAAUAUGAGCAAUUCAGUGCAUUUAAUUAUCUUGGAUAAGUGAAUUUUUGCGGAAAUACUUCAUAACCUGGGUUGUGGUAAGAAGUUUCUUGGCUUUGGGUACAGGACAGUGAAACGGUGUUCCUCAUACAAUUGUGAAAUAAUUGUCUGAACAGUUUUGUUGUGUAAUGAAUUGCUUAGCCAGGGAAAGUUCUUUUAUUUUUUUUUUACGAGACUGCAGUUUUUCUUAAGUUUAGUGCUUAAGCACUUUUCCAUCAUGUUAGUAUUAGAGCAGAUGAAAGAGGCCCUUCCUUAAGGGUGUGCAAAAAUAAUUCCUUGGGUAAUAUUUAACAAAAAACCAUGAUUGAGAUGAGCCAGUGAAAGUAUGAAAACGUAUUAAGUGAAUGGUAAAUGUCCAUAGCAGCAGAUAUCAGAACAAAUGUUUUGAGAUAAAUAAUAUUAAACAAGAAAAAAAAUGUCUUGUUAUGAUGUUACAGUUAGUACCAGAAUCCAGUGGAUGGAGAUUUACAUUGAUGAAAGGAUAAAUAGUACAGCCUUUUACGUACGUAGAAAUUCAUGUCAUCAGUGUAAAAGUUCUUGAUUCUGUUUUAAUUUCAGAGAAGAGAAUGUGCAGAGAAUGUACCAGACUGUUGUGUCCAAUUAGAUUCAUACAGGCCUGAACAUUGCGAAUGGUAGCAUUUUAAUAGGAACCAUAUACCAUAAGCAAGUUUCUACUUGAUCUAGAAUUGCUGUGUUUUGUCGUACUUAAGGAAUCUGUCUAGUUUGUUCUCUCUUUAUAUUGGGCACAACACAAGAAGAAACCAAAAUUCCUUGCUUGUUAUUGGUCCCUUGAUUUUUGAAAGAUUUUUUUUUUUUAUUAAUAUGGAACACCUGCUAAAUCUCUUUGCAGAAAUAAUUUUUUUGUCAGUACUUGCAUUUCUUAUUUGCUAAUGUUAUUUUUGAUGAAAUAUCUUCCUUAUUAAUUUUUCUCACAGUUUUGUUGCUAAUGUGGAAGUGCUUUGUUGUGCCAGUUAAACUGACUGCCUAAUGAAAAGGACCUUAUAGUACUGUAUUGUAUAGAACUUGAUUGAAAAACUGUAGUAUGUGUAAGACCAAAAGUUUUGUGAAUGCUGUAGCUUGUUGUCAGGGUUGAUCAGAAUAUGUUACUGUGUUUUGAAUUCUGUCUUCAACUUGUGAAGUCUUCAGAUAUAGCAACGUUUCCCUCCUCAAAUAUUUUGAUAGGUCCUGUAGGAGUUUGUAAAGAAAGGAAGAAGGUUUCAGCAAAUUUGUUAUCCUCUCGAGUUUUAUGAGUACGUACUAUUUAUGAUUAACCUGCUCUGUUCUGAGUAAUUCCACUUCUUUUGCAGAUGAAUAAGCCAGAUAUUUAAAUCACUGUGUUUUUUCUUGUGAUAGCGGCUAUGCGAGUCAUCCUGACUACUUAAUGCACAACUAUUUAAACAAUAAAACUGCCUACGUAUUUGUAAUCAUUGAUAUUAUUAGAAUUCUUAGUGAUACAUCAACUGUACAUCGCUCAGAAACUGCUUUAAGUGAAAAUUGCCUUAGACUCAAUCUUUCCUUGAUGCAGAAUUGAAGCAGUGGUUCAAAAACGGAAAGAAGAAAGAAGUGGGGGCAAUUGCAACUGGAUGUGGUUUGGUCCCACAUUAAUCAGUUGGACCCUGUUAGUCCACAUGAUGUGCUAUCCUGUCUGUGUAAGAUGGAUUUUCAAGCCUUAUUUCUAUAUUUUUGUUAUAAUUAUGUAUAUACUGUAUAUAAUAAGUCUUCACUCACAUGCAUUUGUGUACACAGGACAGCAUGAGGUCCAUUCACACAGAUGUUUGGUAUUUUGGCCAAUGUACAUUUGAGAGAAUUUAAUUGCUGUCAUCAGUCCUUAAACAAGAAAACCACUUUUUGUUAAAGUUUCAACCUUGCUUGUUGCUGACUAAAUUAGCCAGAACUUUUGAUCUUCUGAAGUUUUCUGUGGAAGUCUUUGACUGCAUUCAGCUGUAAUCGAAUUCAUUAUAAGUAUGACAGAGCCAAUGACUCAGUUGUGUUCCACUGCCUGCAGUAUACUGAUAUUAUUUGCCUGAUUUAGUUAACACAUGUAGCUCCAGAACUAAAGAUGGAGUGAGAGUUUACUGGCACAGAAUACUAUGGGUAAGUUGUUAGUCUGUACACGCACAUGAAAGCAAAUACGCAUAAAUGCUUUUACCAUAUGUUGACACCUUUUUCCUGUUAAACUACACAUUUAAAGUCUUGUGAAAUGGAAUUUAAACUGAUGAGAACUGGAAAUAUUGUCAUCAAAGCUUGCUGGUCAUCCCAAGGAAAAACAGUAAUCCAGAUUUUUACAUUUCUUUGGUGAUGCAUAUUGCAAAAACGUACUUGUAGUACUGUAUAGUGCCAUGUACUCUUUUUUUUUUAAUUUUUUUAUAUACAUACAUAAGCACAAAUCUAUGCUAUAAAUUUCCUUGUUGAGCCAUAUGCCCUGAUCAGUGCACCCCUAGUUUUGAUCUAUCUAAAUAAUAUUUAUAAAUUCAGAACAGGAAUUAUUACUUGUUCCUUCCCACCUAGCUAUCCAUCUUAGUGUGACAUGGUAGCUGUGUUAAGCUGUCUUAUCAUGGUUGAGAAUUCUGUUUACCAGUUACUAUCUUUAAUUAUUGAAUUUUGGUGCUUAUAAAAGUAAAAAUCGAAAUGUCAUGAUUAAUGUAUAGUUAUACUAUAGGGUGCUGAGUUUGCACUGCACAUGGCACAUGUGAAGGGACAUUUAUAGUACAAGAAAAAUCAUCAAUUGUCUUUAGCUGCUAUUAAUUUUAUGUUGAAAGAUUUUACACAAAUAUUUCGGUUUUGAAGCUCAAAAAAAAGAUGUUUUCCCAACUGUUUUUGAAUUAGAAAUGUCUAUUUUUAAAGUGGACCGUUCAUAUUAUUAUUUUCUAAUUUAAUUCUGUAUUUGAAAGGAUUUACUUUUAUUUGUUCUGUUGAAAUUUUUUUACAUUGCAUAUAUUAGUUGUAAUUUUAAAUUUGUUAUACAUGCUGCUCUAUAUUUAUCAGUGUACUAAUUCAUCAUCAUUAUUAUUACUACUUAUAUAUGAUGCAAUGAUGCACUGAGGGGAUUUUACCAUGGUAUCUAGUUGCAAAAUUAUUUAUUUUUAAAUAUUAAAAAUUUUCUUACAAAUUUUUGCUUGUGAAAGGAAAUACCAGGAAUAUAGUACUUGAUAUUUUCCCCAUUUUUGUCCUUUGUGCAUCAGUAAUUUGUAUGAAAAGGUUUUGUCUUGUUUUCUUAUGCAUUUCAUUUUUAUAUAAUUUUUUUUUUUUUUUUUUUGUUACAGGCAGUCUAGUUUUUGUAUUUAUUUCCUCAUGCUCUUUUACAUCAUUAUUAUUAAUACUGUACUUUUCAUAUACACUGUAUAUGAUAUAUAUAUAUAUAUAUAUAUAUAUAUAUAUAUAUAUAUAUAUAUAUAUAUAUAUAUAUAUAUAUAUAUAUAUAUAUCAUAUCAUAUCAUAUCAUAUAUAUCUUGUUUGUUACUAUUACAGUCAAAUUUGUAACUCCAUUCAUCAUAAAUGCUUUAUUCUUUUUUUUUUCUUUUUUUUUUGUCAAGGCAUUGAGACGUGCUAUCCUAUGUUGGAAUUUACACAUAUGUAGUAUUUUGGAUUCGCAGGUGUUUAUUUUUCUACACAACAUUGUUCAGCCAUACCUAUAUUGUGAUCCUUUGUACAUAAUGUACGUGGUAUGAAAGUCAUCUUCAGAAAUAAAUGAUCAAUGAAGCUUGUA